AUGACUCUUACAACAACCCCAAAGCUGCGCAAAACACGGAUUGUCUGCAUCUCCGACACGCACAACUGCACCGUCAAGCUCCCUCCGGGCGACGUCUUGAUCCAUGCUGGGGACCUCACUAACAAGGGGAGCAUCUCAGAGCUCUCUCGGGCAGUGAAAUGGCUUGAAGAGGCCGAUUUCGAAGCCAAGAUUGUCGUGGCGGGCAACCACGACGUCACCCUGGAUGAAGACUUUUACUUCCAUCACGGCGACCACUUCCACAACAAGAUCAAGCAGAAUCCGGCGGACUGCAUCAACCUGCUUGCCUCCUCGCCAUCUCUCACCUACCUGUGCCACGAUUCGGCCACCAUCCGUCUCAAGUCGCCCACGGGCCCGCAUACCGAGUUCACCGUCUUUGGCUCUCCGUACUCUCCUCGCAGCGGACUUUGGGCGUUUUACUAUGAGGCACCGGCAUCUCAGGAUGGCAUCGGUGCUGACCUCACUUCGCUGUGGGAACUGAUCCCGCUCGAGACUGACAUCGUGGUAACGCACACGCCGCCACGUACGCACUGCGAUCAGCCCGACGGCCAGCAGUCAGCCGGCUGCGAGGCCCUGCGGCAGGCGCUCUGGAGAGUGAGGCCCAAGCUAGCCGUCUGCGGGCACAUCCACGAUGGGCGAGGCGCGGAGCGAGUGCUCUGGGACCUCGAGAACAAGUCCACGCCCUACGCAGAGGGGGCCGCCAUGCCGUGGGAGGAUCCGGGCGCGGGCAACAACAAGAUGAGCCUGGUCGACCUCACGGGCAAGGCGGGCAAGACGCCGGCUCUCGCAAACGACGGCUCGCACCCGGGCCGGCCUAGCCAUCAGGACGACCAACAGACGGCCUCCACGCCAGCUCCCUCGGGGCCAUACUCGGAGGAGUCAUCACAGCAGGGCUCUAGCGUCGCUGCCCAAAAGCGAGGCGGCGGUGACGGCGAUGACAGUCUGCUGGGCUACGGGGGGGAUCCGGCGUCUGAGGACUGCGAUCGUGAGGCGUUGGCGGGAAGGCAGGGCCGCAAGGAGACGUGCGUUGUGAAUGCGGCGAUUAUGAAGGGGGGUUAUCCGCACGUCGGGGGAAAGCAGUUUAGCAAGCCGAUUGUGGUUGAUUUGUAUCUGCCUGUGUGGGAGGAUUGA